GAAUUGUGUGUUCAAGUAAAACAUUUUAGAAUUGAUUUUAUAUUAUAUUGGGUAUUGUUAAAACGUCAGUGCUUAAUAAAUGUUUUCAGAAUCUUGUAAUAUUGUUUAUGAAGCAUAUUACAUCUAUGAAUAUGAUCUAUGAAACUAAUUCUAUGAAGAAUGAAUAUUAAUCUAUGCAAUUACAUUGCCUUUAUUUUAGUGAGGUAAGUACAGUUGUUUCUGCACAACAGAACCUUGUCAGACAGACAGACUGCUCUGAUCAGAGGAGCACAGAGAAACUAUGCAAAAUAUUUACCUUAUGUUUAGUUUCUACCUUCAUUAAAGAGCCUCAGACUAAUUGUGAUGUUAGAUAAAUGACUUGUAACUUGUUGGUUGUUAAAGGGAGAGUGGAGGCUCAAUUUCACAUCAUGGUUUAAAACCAAACCUGCAUGAUCAGAAUCUUGGACCCGGUGUCACAGCUCUCGUCUCUGCGGCAUCACAAUUCUGGGCCCCGUAAAGCAUAAUCUCUUGUUUAUGAGGUUGUUCAUGAGGUUAACAUGAAGAUAAUAACCUCUGAACUAUACAUUAGCCCUUAUAUAUUUCUUCUCCCAGGUACAUGUCUGAUCAUUUCUUUUUCUCUUAUUUCUGUUGCAGUCAGAGUCUUUGUAUGUGGACACUCAGUAUUUGCCCUCUCUUCAGUUCCUCUUGUCUGUUCUCCACAAGCAGGGACUCACUGAUAGACCACUCUGCUUCCAGUUCUGGGGCUGACACACUCUCCCACGUCCCCACACCCAGUGUAUCCUGUACAGGGAACCGGGAUCAUUUGCAGGCUUAUAUGGCUGGCAGCAGCGCAUAAAAUACAAGAUGCACAAUUACCGGGCCAAGCUAAGAUCUCGAAAAUAUUCUUACCCGGAAAUUGAAAUCAACACCUUAAAAAGGAAGCAUCCAGCUGAUGCAGUGCCAUCAAAAAAUGUAAAAAAGCCCAAAAAAGCAGAGGUUAAUUACCUCCCUGCGCACCUUACUGGUGAAAGCCAAGAGACACUGGAGAAAGAGAGGCUUGAAUUAAUUUGUGAAAUAACAAAGAAAAACAAUGCAAAGAUAAUUGCAGAUAAAAUGAAUAAAACUUUCUCUAGCCGAAGAGUUGAAGUAGUCAGCCUAUGCCCCUCUGUGAUUGUGCUUAAAGAAAGGUGGCCAGCAUUAUUCACUGAGGCUCAGAUCAAGGAAGAGUUCAGACGUAUCACGACAGUUUCCUUGGAGGAGACAUUCAUGCUAAAGCUUGAUGAGUACACACCAAGUCUUAUGCAGCUUAUGCGUGCUAAAGGAGGGGCUGCUGGUUCCAAGAUGCACCCUCUGUUGGACACUUUAAAUGACACACAGAGCAUUGAGAAAAAAAGGGAUGCAGUUGUCUGCUGCCUCAUUAACUACCUUGGUGAAAGACAAGAAGAUCUUUUCCAUGACUGCCAGGGAUGUGAGGACUACACAGACAAAACAAUGAAGGUGAUCGUGAUGCACAACAUCAUGGCUGAGGAGGAUCCAUCAGAUGUGUCGAUUGUGAUUGAGGGAAACCAAGUGAUGGAAGGAUGUGGAAGCCGAACAAAGGCAUGUGUACUGCUGAUGGGACUGAUAUAUGCCCUCAACCUUGACUAUCCAAAGCAGCUCAAGAACACAUUUGAAGCUUUUCAAAAACUUUUUUUGGAACUUGAUGGGGCAAAACUACUGAAGAAGGUCCACAGCCUCAAAAACAAGCUCAUGCAAUAGACAUACAUUUCCCCUCUUGUUCCAAGAGGAUCUUUUGUCUGGACAGAGAGUUUUAAUGGAGUAUAGUUUUAUAUUUUUGUUCUCUUCCCUCCUCUGCUCCACACACAGACACAGAAAUAUAUGUACCGAUGGAUACACAAGUAUGUUGCAGCCUCUCUCAGUUUUUUGUUGUGUAUAAAUACACCUGCAGAUUUCAGAUUUGCUCAGUCACUGUUGUGUGAGGCCGAAGAAACACAAGUAAGAGUUUAGAUACAAGAAAAUCUUCAUGUGAUUGGACAUCCCUUGCACCUCUGCUCUGAUCACCUCAUUUCUCCUUUUCUCUGAUCAACUCCUUUCUUAUUGAGCAGUCUGGAUGUUCUAAAGCAGGGAUAUGUUUUAUUGUCCAACAUUACUGAAACAACAGUUGAAGUUGUUAGGUUAUAACGCAGGUUCAUUAUUUGAAAUGUUGUGUGACACUGUUGUGCUGCAGUUUAUUCUGUGUUUUUGUUUUUGAUGACUUUAUGGAUUAAAAACAUUGAGAAGGUG